AUGAAGUUGAACAUCGCCAAUCCAGCUACAGGCUGCCAGAAAUUGAUUGAAUUUGACGAUGAACGUAAAAUGCGUAUAUUUUACGAUAAACGUAUAAGUGCAGAAGUACCUGGUGAUUCUUUAGGAGAAGAAUUUAAAGGAUAUGUAUUUCGUAUAUCAGGGGGAAAUGACAAACAAGGAUUUCCUAUGAAGCAGGGCGUUCUGAGAAAUGACCGUGUCCGUUUAUUGUUGUCAAAAGGUCAUUCUUGCUAUAGACCGCGUCGCACGGGAGAACGCAAAAGGAAAUCUGUGCGCGGCUGUAUAGUCGGAAGUGAUCUUGCCGUUUUAUCGUUGGUGUUAGUCAAACAAGGUGAAAAGGACAUCCCUGGCUUGACCGAUAUUACUGUACCGAAACGUUUGGGUCCUAAAAGAGCCUCAAAAAUUCGUAAAUUCUUUAAUCUAAACAAGGGUGAUGACGUUCGGAAAUUCGUCGUGCGCAGAGAGGUAACUCCUAAGAAAGAGGGCAAAAAGCCAUAUACAAAAGCUCCUAAAAUCCAACGUCUUGUGACUCCUCUCACUUUACAACGAAAACGACAUCGUUUUGCCUUAAAGAAAAGGAGAGCUGCCGCAUCGAAAGCUGCUGCUGCUGAAUAUGCUACACUUCUUGCUAAACGUCUUAAAGAACAAAAGGAACGCAAGGCUGACCUUAAAAAGAGAAGAGCCACUAUUCAUAAAGCCUAA